AAACAAUUGACAAAAUUAAACAGAUCCGUUGAAUAAUCAUCUAUCUCUCUCUCUCUCUCUCUCUCUUUCUCGUUUGUGCAAUUUGAUUAAUUUCGUAGGCGGGAAAAUAUGAAGAACGCGCGAUAGUGAUAAUAAUAUAUAUAGUGUGUCUUGAAUGUAUGUAAUUUUCAAGUUAAACCACAUAUAUUAUGAUUAAGAAAUUCUCUUUGAACGCGUACUUCUGAUCAAACUGAACUACUAUCUUUCAUUCAGUCUCAAGCGUUAGAGUUAUAAAGAAGAAUUACGAAGUAACUUGCUACGAAUGAACGAAGACAUUAUUCUAAAUUAAAUUGAAUAAUAUCGAAAGUUUAAUAGUGAAAGAUCAUUUUGAUGAUCAAUGUGGAUGAUCCGCGCUUUGUUAUAUAUUGUAUAUCAAACAUAUUGUUAAGUGAUGUAUGAGAAGUGUUAAAAUAUGCCAUUGCAUUUAAUAUUUUUAAUUAUAUGGAGUUUUGUGAUAGAAGAAGGAUUAUGUAUCACAUUGAAGAGAGUUGCUUUACAACCGUCCAACACAUUAGACGAUUAUUAUGCUUAUCGUCAUAUCUCAAUCAUUCAUUUCGAUGUACCAGAAUAUUCAAUAACUGCGGGAUUCAAAUUUACAGUAAAAGAAGAAAAAACCGGUGGUAUAGGUAAAUGUUCAGCAAGAAAUGUUUCAUUGUAUUUGAAAUCCGGUAGUAUACCAUUAAUUCGUCCAGACGGAUCGAUUAUCGAGGCUAAACUUAUGAAAAGAAGACGCAAACACUAUGCUUUAAAUAUUCAAAGUAAUGGUGACGAACAUAUGAUUACUAUCGAUUCACCAAUACCAGGUGACUGGUAUAUAAUUGCUUUUCGAAGUUGGACCGAUCCUAAUAGCGACAAGAUUAAACAGCAAGGUCUCGGUGCAUCAUGUGAUACUGUUCUCGAUGCUGAGUUGUUAAUUGAGAUGCCAUCAGUGAUAUCAUUUAUAGAAUUUAACAAAGAUUAUGAAAUCGUAUUAAACAAAAAUACAGAUACUUCAGUAGCACAAAUUUCAAUGCCAAAUAAUUUAUUAAACGCUGUAUUAGCGUUGAAUCAAUCCUGCGAAGAGAAUUGUAAAUUUGCAAUACAUAUUGUUGCUCAGGAACAUAUUACAGGACAGAUCGUUAACGAUACAGAUACUUUGAUCCCAUUCAAGCCUUAUUCAAAAACAUUCCAUUAUAUUACACUUCGUUUACUUUCUGGAAAUAUGACCAGUAUUUUUUUACGAUUUGAAAAGGACACUACUUCGUUCGUUGAAACUAAUCAAGUUAAAUGUUUAAAUCUUAUAAGAAAAUCAUUGCCAGAGUUUUUUCUUUUUGAUUACGAACAUCGUGGUGAAAACGAUACGAAGGCUGUACCAUUUAAUUUAACCAACGAUGGUAUUACGGUUCUUGAUUUUGAAAUUGGCCGAGUUUACGAUGUUGGCGGUACAGUAACAGUGAAAAUAAAAAUGCUUGAUGUGGAUAAAAAGGAUGAAAAAAAUGUUUUCGUCGUAGCUUGCAUUAAUUUGGGAUAUUACUCGAAUAUCACUGCCGGUGGAAGUUGCAUACGAGCACAAAAUGUAACUGGGGCAGACAUAUAUGCAAACGAGACGGCACCGGCUCAUAUUCAUAUACCAUUUCCCGAACCUGGAAGGUGGUACGUCACUUUAAAAUCAUUUAGCAUCGAGGGAAAGUGUAAUUGUGCUGAGAAUUGUUUGAACGGUACUAUCAUCUGUCAAGAAUGCGAAUGUAUGAUACCGUGUUCUGUUAAAAUAGAGACCAGUAUAUCUUCGUCACCUUGCAUCGAAGGACGUUGUAAUUCACAUGGAAAAUGUAUGCAUUACAUGAGCGGUGGUUUUGUCUUUGCAGCUUGUUAUUGUACAGAAGGAUAUCGUGGUUUUGAUUGUGCCGAUGGAACAUACGUUCUCGGUAACAAAGACAUACUAGUACGUUGUUUGAUGUUAACCAUUAGCAAUCUUGCCUUCAUUGGUUCGAUUUACUUAGCAAUACGUCGAGAAUAUUUUACAGAAGCUAUCGUAUAUACAGCCGUAAUGUUCUUCUCAACAUUUUAUCAUGCCUGCGAAGCUGGAGAAAAUGUUUACAGUAUUUGUAUAAUGCGAUUGAGCGUAUUACAAUUCUGCGAUUUUUUCAACGCACUUCUUUCCAUUUGGGUUACAUUGGUAGCAAUGGCUUCCUUUGGACCAAAGCUCACAGCAUUUUUCCAGAUACUGGGUGCAAUUGUUCUUGCUAUGAGCUCAGAAAUGGAUCGUACUGCACUUUGGGUAUUCCUUUUACCAGCCAUCACUGGAUCUUCUUUAAUUGGAUUAUCUUGGGGACUUACAUGUAAAAGAAGAAAAACUGUUCGAUAUCCUUCACGCGUUUACAGAACCAUCUACUUUCCGGCGGGUCUUCUCAUAGUCUCUUUGGGUCUUGUUUGCUAUGCCUUUUUACAAACGCGUAGUAAUUAUCACAUUGUUCAUAGUUUGUGGCAUAUUUGCGUGGCCGUUGCGGUUAUGCUUUUAUUACCAAAAAAACAUUAUAUGAAAUAAAUAUGUUUUUAGUAAAUACAUUUCAAAUUCAGGGAUCAUAAAUGAUAGAUAUGUGUGCAUGUAUAAUAAUCGUACGAUACUUGUACGUAUUUAUUAUCCUAGAAAAUAUUGAUCUGAAUUUGUCUCAUGAUCAAUUGUGUAUAUUAUAUUAAUUAUUUUAAUCAAACAAAACAAAACAAAAAAGAAAAGAAAAGAAAACUGUUAUUCUUGUAAAACGAACCUCUAUACAUACGGCAUUACAUUUUUCCACAAGAAUAGUUUAUAAAUAUGUAAUAUAUACAUGGUGUAUCCUCAUGGGGGGUGGGGGUGGUACAACGAAGCAGGGGAUGAUUCAACGUGUAAAAAUAAAUCGUAACAUUUUUACUUUUGAGAUGAUACCAGCUUCGGGAUACACUCUGUAUAUAUAAAUAUAUACAUAUAUAUAUAUAUAUAAGAAAUUUGAAAGGACAUUUAAACGAAUGCAAUAAUAUACAGUAUCAAAAGCAAUUAUUCUAACAGUAUUAUUUAGUUAACAUAUUCGCAUUUCAAUGCAAAACAAAAUUUAAACAUAAAAUCCAAAUAUAAAUCUUUCUAUCAAUUUUUAUUAAAAAUAUAUGGCAAAGCAUAUAUGUUAUUUAUAAAAGCAAAAUUAUUAUAAAAACAUUAUUAGAAAGUUGAAACAUAUAACUUGUGCUUUUACUGACAUAGAAUUAUUGUUAUUUAGGAUUGUAAGUAAAUGACUUUUGAAGAUUCAUUCACAAAUCAUAUUACAUUUAAAAGAUAAUGUUUGAAUUUUCUAUUAAUAUAUUAUUUAAUUAUUAUUUAUAUGUGAGACAGUGAUUUAAUUUGCAUCAUGUAGGAAUCAAAACCUCGCACAUAUGUAAAAAUUAUUAUUUAUUAUAAUAACAUUAUAUUAUUAUAUAUAUAUAUAUAGACGCGCAUAUAAUUUUGAACAAAUGUACACAUACACACAUGCAUUACAUAUAUAUGUAUAUGUACAUUAAUAAGUCAAUUUCAUGAAUAUAGUAUAGAUAGAUAAAAAAUAUUGAAAAGAAAUGAACAAACAGAAUUAUAUAUAUAUAUAGAAACGUGUAUAUUACAGGUACAUGAAUUACAUAUGUAUUUUUAAUAUGUAUCUUUUAAAUUGAACAAUUCUCUAGUCGACUCUAUUGUUCUUGUCUGAACUAUUGUUGAUAGUUUUUUUUUUAUGUCUGACAACAAAAACAACAACAGAAAGAAAAAAAAACCAUUACAUAUUUACAGUGCACGAAUCAAUGCAUGAAAAGUUACAGUACUAUUUAUGAUAUAUCAUGGCAGGAACACAUUUCUUCUUUAUUGUAUGUAAAUAUGUAAUCUACCAAAGAUUGUUUAAUUGAUCGUGAAAAUUAAUUGAUAAAAUGGAGAAUAUUAAAAAACAAACAAAACAAAA